CAUGAAUGAUAAAAGCAAAGUCAAGCAAGACUUCUUCUUGAUGAGAUAACGCCACAAAUAUCAAUCCAGAUCCAGACUUGCUCCUUUCUCCUUCAUUACUUCCCUCAUGGGAAAUCUUUCACAGUUUCUUCCGUGUUGCUUCAAAGUCUUUACGAAAGUAGCAGGCAAUAGAAAAUCAAUAAGUACGGGAAAUGAAAAGCAUGCUAGGAUAAAAUAUCCAGCAGCUCUUCCUGAGGAAAUUUACCAUCAGCGUCAGUUUUCUCUAACCGAGAUCAAAGCUGCUACCAACAACUUUCAUCCAAAAUCGCUUGUCAGAGAAGGUUAUUUUGUAAAGGUGUACAAAGGGAUUGUUGAUUAUGGAAACUUGGUUGCUGUCAAACGCUUCAAACCAGAUUCAGUACAAGGACUCGAUGGGUUCCAAACCGAAGUGCAGUUGCUCUGCCAACUGCGCCACCAAAAUCUCGUGUCUCUUAUUGGGUACUGCAAUGAUAAGGACGAGAAGAUCCUUGUAUAUGAACUCAUGAAAAACGGGUCACUCCGUGAUCAUCUCUAUGGUUGUAAUUAUGAUCCACUCCCGUGGAAGCAGAGGCUAGAGAUAUGUAUUGGUGCAGCUCGUGGAUUACAUUACCUUCAUACCGGAGCAAAGCAUGCGGUAAUUCACCGCGACAUCAAGAGCAGAAAUAUUCUUUUGGACGACAAAUGGGUUAUUGGGAUCCCGAGUAUCAGAGAGAUGGUGGACUUUCAGAGAAAUGUGAUGUAUACUCAUUUGGGGUUUUUUUAUUUGAAUGAAAAGGGAGAUACACGGCCUGAGAUGGGUGAAGUGGAGAUGAUGCUAGAGCUUGCAUUGAAGAUGCAAGAGAAAGCAGAUUCUAAAAUGAAAGAUGUUGAUCCUCAUGGUGAAUGUACGUAUGGAGAAGUUUCAUUUUCUAUCCCUGUUUCUGACCACAGUUUUUCUGUGGAUAACAGUUCAUCACUUGAAUCUAGAUGGUAG